AUGGACAGCCAUGCCGCACCGCAGACCAAUGGCCUGAACAAGGACCCAUCCGCCAUGGCCUCGACCGCUCCCGCACAACCCCCCGCCCUAGCAAACGGCUACAGCAAUGGCACAACUAAAGAGGAGGAGAAGGCCUUGCCGCCGGAGCUGGAACACUGGGCGCAUACCUAUGUCCCCAUGGGCACAUUACUGGAGCGCAUGGCCCAGCAAUGUUAUUUCGACCUGGGCGAGGUCAUUGAGCAAAUGGCCGACCUGAACAUCGGCGCACCGCAAACGAAUGGCGCAUCCACUGCAGCCCCCGACGUGUCAAAAGCGAGCGUGGACAAGAAACUACGACUCAUGAACUUUGCAAAUACUCAACAAGCUCGCUUCAUCAAGGCCUUGGUUCUGUCAGACUGGGCGCGCAACAUGGGCGAUAUGGACAAGCUGAUCGAGUUGCGCAUGUGGUUGACCCAACAGGAUGAAGCGUCUACACAAGUCGGAGACGCCAUCAUGCAGAUGAAACACAACAUGAUCGGUGCCAAAAUGCCCAACCCGAACAUCCAAGGAGCUCUGGAACUCUUGUCCACAUCCAAAGCCCCAUGGUUGCCUGAUCUUGGUUACAUUGCACCGAAACCGCUGUCUGCUCAGAAACUGCUCAAGACGCUACGAGACAUGAAUUUUGUCCUCUCCGUACGACUCAACUUGCAUGAACAAAUGCCUUCACACUUCUGCAAUUACUCGAUAGCCAACGGACGUGCUACUUUUGUUGUGCCGAAUGAGUUUGAGCUUGAUCUCGCUGUCACUGACGAAGACACGACAUCACCUUUCUACUUUAUUGACAUCCGGUUCCUGUUCUCUGAUGCGCCUCCCCUGGCCGAUGGAUUCGCACGCGCACAUCUCGAAGGAAAGGUCAAUCAAUUACUCCAGAUGGAAGGCCUUUCUGCGGCUUACGACUUUCUCCAUGGUUUCAUUCUCACGCACAAGAUCACACUGCUACGGAUACAGGCCUCCGAUCUGGCGCGCACGAGGUGGACCGAAUGUCUACACGUCGAACCCGUUCAUCGAUCGCUCAUCGUCCAAUACUGGACCGGCCAGCCGGGAGGAAAGAGUUGGAUCGAGGUCGGAAUCUCGAAGGGACAUAAUGCAGAAAACUCAGAUCGACCACAUGCUCCCGCACGGAUGAACAUUCGCUGGUUCAGAGCUGGAAAGGAGGUUCCCAACGCGAGGUUCGAUAUCGAUGCAGCCAGCCCCUCAAUGGAACACAUUCUGAACCAGGUCACUGCUGCGCAUAUGACGCUUCGCCUUGAAACUGUCAAGAACCAGCUUUUGAUUAUCUCACCGCCAAACUCUGCUCUGGACUUGAACUUGAAGGCUUCGUCAACAGAUCCUAAUGCUUGCGCCUUGUCCAUGAAGCUUGGAAAGCAUGGCCUGGAGACUUCGCUACGCAUCGUUCCUGUCAAUGGCAGCAUCUCGAUUUCACCAGUUUCCGCUGCUUCCACAGACGUUGAGAGAAGACUCAACUCUGAUCCAACAAUCGACGCUGCACAAAAUUUGUCAUACCUCAAUUGCAAGCUCGUCCAGGAUCAAAUUACACGACAGGCUGUGCAGGCUGGCUGGCUGCUGAUACCAACCGCUCAACAAGGAGACGUCAACAAGAUCUUCGCUGAACAGGUUAUCCGCCGUACAACAUUUACGCGCCAUGGCUGGGGCGAGGACUGGGCAAUCUGCCUCACUAUCAGCUUGCAAGGCGUGAAAUGGUGGAUUGUCCGUCUGGCGUCAACCUCCCCGACGUCCCGUGUAAUCAACGCAGCCGAAACUCUAUCCAUUCCUACAUCAACAAGAUCUUUCGACCGCCAUACACUUAUGCUCAUUGAAUCUCGCGCAGUGGCACAAGCCUCUCUCAGCAACAUAUCUUCCCAACUACGAAAUGCUAAGAUCAGCCAUGAGAUCAGACAUGUCUCGGCUGCAUCUUCACAAAUCAACACCACAGCAUCGCCGCUGUCGGCAACCACUACUACCGCAGUCAUCGGUAUCAAGUUCGAGGACUGCAUGCAACCUUCUUCAGUAUCCGAGCGCAAACUCUGGAAACCCUGGUGCUGCAGUACUAUGGUGCUCACACAUCAUGGCGUGGACGAAUCAGCAAAAGACGCCGUCAAAGUGGUUCAUGUUCUUAAAACGAAUUUGGCUCCAGAAACAGCCCAGAUCNNCCUUGCGCCGCUGGCCGGCAAGGGUACUUCAAACCAGGAUAUUGUGUUUGCUGCUAACGGCAUCCUGGCACUCCAACUACGGACGCACUUCGGUGUUGAUUUGGUCGCUGCUGUCAAAAGCAAACUCCGACGUGUGGAACGAUUGGCAAUUUGCCUUGCCGCCAUCACGAAACGAAACUUUGCAAUCGAGAAAGUGGCGGUCACGGGCUUGGUGUUCCGCUAUCCUACCGCUUCUGCUCAACAGCUAAAAGCAGGGAUCUUGUUUUCUGACGAUGUAGCACAGCCCAUGCAGCUACGUUUCGCGGCCGAGGAUACAGCAAACCCACAUCGACGCGUGCAACCACUACUUCAGAAUCUUCUCCUCGCACCUCCAGGCGUUACUUCCAUGAUAGAGGAGAAGGCACGGGUGGAAAGACUAUUCGACACAUUACACACAACCACACCACUCCUUUCCGCAUGCGCAGCAAUCGAAGCAAAAGACCCAGCAGCAAAGAAUUCAAGACUCGCCUUCAGAAACUUGACACACCUCCGAAUUGGCUAUAGCUCUCCGCGACUGACCCUCAACAUUGAAGCCUUGCGCAAAGAAGGAAAGAAUCUCUGGUCGAUAACGAUAGUCAAAGAUCAAACGUCUGAUCACGACCGCACACUGGAUCUGCUGCAGCAAGUCUGGCAAGACAAGUAUGUUGAGGGCGUCAAGGGCUUUAGAACUGGUAUUGUUGCCGAGGUAGGAGCUGUGGAGAAGGUAUUACUUGACUUUGAUGCAUUGGUCAGAGGACAGGGAGGCGAGGGGCAAGGCCAUGAAGUCGUGGUCCUGGACUAG